GAGAAACGGAGCCUGCGAGAGUGAGAGUUUGAGUCCGCUACUUUUCGUCCCACACGGGAAAAGGAAAGAAAGGGUACUGCUCUGCUUUCGUUUCAUCUUCGCUUUCGAUCUGUCACUCUGGUACUCCAACUGCCAACUUCGUUGUCUCCGAAUUUUUCUCUUUUAUUUAUCUUCAAUUCCUCGUUUCCAUCUUUUCUGUUCUUUACUGUUGAUCUCUCGAUGGGAAUUUCGUCUUCCUUCGUCUGGUUUCGUUGCAUCUCGCUCAUCCAUUUGGAGGUUGCCGAUCGGUGGACAUGUUCUUGUCCUCCGCUGCAUGGAUGCAAGAAUUGAAUCUUGUUAGUGGUUCUGGUUUCAGACCUAGUUCGUUCAAUGGCUAUCAGAGGCGUCGAUUUCAAGUGGUAUGAUGGCUUCUUCUUGUCCAUGCUCGCGACUAGUGUAAUCAUUGUUUCGAUCAAUUGGAAGCGUUACCAUCUAUGUACAUAUCCUUUGCAUAUAUGGACUGUGGUUGACUAUACGACUGUCUUUGUUUUCCGUCUGUUGAUGUUUCUCGAUAAUGGCCUAGCUGCGGGGAUGGGUUUGGAUCUCGGAUCGCAGCAAAGAUAUACUCGCUUCUGUGGAAGAAUUGUGGUUCUUUCAAUUCUUUCACUGCUACUUUAUCCAUUCCUUUGGGCUUGGACCGUAAUUGGGACCCUUUGGUUUACAAGUGCAAGAAGCUGUUUGCCUGAGGAAGGUCAAAAAUGGGGUUUUCUUAUUUGGUUGCUUUUCAGCUAUUGUGGUCUCAUUUGCAUUGCCUGCAUCUCUUCAGGAAAGGUGAGUUGCUUCUAAUCACUCCAGUGAUUUCUGA